AUGCUAGGAUCCGACAUCCUAUCCGCUGUUUCUCAGCGAAAAACAGCUCGAAGUGCUCGAAUCGCCAGCUGGGAUCAUUCCGGCCUGAACGAAGAUGCAUUUGUGGUUGAACCUGGCGAAACCGCCGUUCUAGCCGACAUUGAAGGCCCAGGAACCAUCACGCACUUAUGGUUUGUCCAAACAUGUCGUCGCAUACUCGGUCCCGGUCUCAUUCCAUAUCACAAAUCGGGCGUUGCGAUGCUCGAGAUUGAGAAUGGUCAAGGCGUCAACUACGAGGUGAUGGAUCCAGAUUAUUAUCGCAAGGUGUUGAUCAAGAUGUAUUGGGACCAUUCUGAGACGCCCAAUGUUCUGGCUCCCUUGGGUGAUUUCUUCUGCGUUGGACAUUCAAUCGCAGCCAAUUUCCAAUCACUGCCAUUCACUGCAUCCGUGAAACCUACUGAAAACAACAAGUUUGGUGGUGCUGCAGCUUUGAACUGCUAUCUUCCCAUGCCAUUCAACAAACACGCCCGAAUCGAAGUCGAGAACCAAAAUGACAUCCCAUACUUCCAAUACUUCUACAUAGACUACGAUAUUCAGCCCGAGCCUCACAACGCCGAUACUCUGUUCUUCCACGCACACUGGCGACGCCAAAACCCCACACCGGGAUGGGCACCACCAGACUUCCAGACCAACUCUCUCGAAACGCGGGUCCCCAAUCUCGACGGCAAGAAUAACUACGUCUUGCUGGAGACGACAGGUGCAGGCGCAUACAUCGGUUGCAAUCACUCCGUCUACCAUUUCCAGGGAACUUGGUGGGGAGAAGGCGACGACAUGAUCUUCAUCGACGACGAUACGUGGCCGCCGUCCAUGCACGGCACAGGAAGCGAAGACUACUUCAGUCAGGGAUGGGGCAUGCAAAAGAACGCAUUCCCGUUUGCUGGUACGAUUGUACAUGAGGGUGAGAUGCCGCAUUACCAGGUUUCGUAUCGCUGGCAUCUGCCUGAUCCUGUACGAUUCAACACCAAGAUCAAGGUGACUAUGGAACACGGACAUGCCAAUCAUCUCAGCGACGAUUGGACCACAACAGCAUACUGGUACCAGACUCUUCCUGGGCCAAAGUUGGAAGUUCCACCGGUUUCUGAGCGUCUCCCUCUACGAGCUGAGGUCCCGCAGCCGCAACAUGUUGAAAGGAAGGACCUGGAUCAGGGUAGAAUGAAGAUGAUCCAGCAGAGACAGGAGAGGUUGGAUCAAUUCAUUGCAGACAAGAUGGAGUGGUACGUGCGUCGGGCAAAGGAUAGUCGAGCCAGGGCGGAAAAGCAUAAGGAAUACGCUGCCGAUGUUCGGAAGCGCUACAUGGAUAGCAUUAAAGGGUCCAAAUAA